CCUCCCCCUUGCCUCUUGGGCUCCUUGCCUUUACCGCAAGAAAGCAACACACGGUUUCUCGAAUUUUCUUGAGGCAACCGUCGUCUGUGCCUCCGUGGUCGAUCGGAUCCAUGGAGCGGAGCAACUCGUUCGGCACUUCGUGGGCGGACCAGUGGGACUACGGCGGUGACCCGAGCCCCGGCACGCGCGGGCGGCAGGACGGCGGCAGCGGCAAGAAGCAGGGCACGGUGGAGAAGACCAAGGCGGCCGCGGCAACGGGGCUGAGGAAGGCGAAGGAGGGCACCGCGAGCGGGUUCCAGUGGAUGAAGGACAAGUGCCAGAAGAAGAGCGGCGGCGGCAAGAAGCAGGGCGCCCAGGAGGACUCGGGGAUAGCUGGGUACUAGAGAUAGUCAUCAAUCUUGGCUCCAUGUGCCGACGGCGAUGUCUUUGGUUACGUUCUCUUCGCUAUUUGAUUAGGCGAUGGCUGUUGUUUGCUGUGUCAUACUGGGUAUUAGAGAUAGUCAUUGAUGUGUGAGUAGUUCGUUGUUGGAUUUAGUUGUCAACUCCCUGUAAAUGAUCGUUUGGAUCGUUACUAUUGAUAGGCUCUUUGUUCUGUACA